AUGGAGCAGCACGGCCGAGAGCCCGCGCCCGCACAAGCUGGUCCAUCCGGUUCCUCCAAGGACGCCGAUCCGCCACCGUCCACCACCGUCGAAGCUUCUCCUACACGACGCACCCAACGAUCCUGCACGCCGCAAUCGCUUCCUAGCACCAGCCCCACAGCAUCUCGCAACCCCUCGCGCAGCCCCUCCACCUCUCGACGCUCCCUGAAACGCACCACCUUCUCGCCGGUCCCUGAAGAAUCCCACGCUUCUCACACCGCGCUCGCUAUCUCCUCUUCCACCCCUCCCCCGGAACCUGCUUCCAAAAAGCCACGCUCCGCAUCUCGCACCACUUCGGGCGAUCCCAAAGCAGCACGUCGCGGUCAACGGCUCUUCGGGGUGCUCACCUCCACGCUCACCCAAUUCAAGCGCGACUCCGAAUCCGAUCGUGCCGCCACGCUCGCCCAACGCCGCGCGCAGAUCGAAGCGCGGUCCGCGUCCAAACUCGCCCUCUCCUCGCACCAGAUCGACGCCUCGCUCCUCCACCGUUCGCUCCUAUGGGAAGCGCGCUCCCUCUCCGAGCAGAUCGUCACCGGCGACAUCCAACGCAAAACCCUGCGAGGUCUCAAAAGACGCAUGGCGAGCUUCCUCUACACCCCAACCACUUGCCGGGAAAGAGAAGACCGAUUAGCCGCGAACAUUCCCACCUCCUCCACAGGUGGCGGUAGGAGGGCGGACGAGGAGGGCGAUUUUGCAGUGUAUUUCUUACCGGGGAAAACGCUGCCCGAGCAAGAGGAUAAGUUGAACGAUCAGGAGGAUAGCGUGGAUGAUAAGAUCGAUCGGUUUGACGAUCGGUGGGAGGAGGAGAGGAGGCGCUUGCUGCAGCGGUUGGAGGACGUCAAGGCUAAGAUACGAGAGAUUUGA